CUGCACGCGGCCUCGCUCCUCUGCGAGGGCAAACGGGUUGCCUCCGGCCGCGCCCCGCCAUCCGUGGCAGCGACCCAACCCUUCGGGUAGCUGGCCCGGCUGGGGUCCGUAGUGAGGCUGACCGCGUCCUCCAGACCUCCAGGCCGCCUUCCCUGGUUCCCGGCCCCGCCCCCUUUCUGCGCGUGCGCAGAGCCGAGUCCCGCUGGGCCGCAUCCUGUGGCCCGGCGCUCGCCCUGGCUCUGAGCCCGGUCCGCUGCUCGGUCCCCUGUGGGCUCCCACCGGACGGGACAGACCCGCCGAGACAGCAGGAUGUCGCAGACGGCCAUGUCCGAGACCUACGCUUCAGGAACAGCUGCCAAAGAGUGCAGUUUGGAAAAAUCACUGAAUUAACAUGUGAGUGGAAUAUCAAAACUACACAAAUGUGAAAAGAUUUCUUGUUUAAAUUCUUGGUUAUUGGAAAUGCAGGAACUGGCAAAUCUUGCUUACUCCAUCAGUUUAUUGAAAAAAAAUUCAAAGAUGAUUCAAAUCAUACAAUAGGAGUGGAAUUUGGUUCAAAGAUAAUAAACGUUGGUGGUAAAUAUGUAAAGUUACAGAUAUGGGACACAGCAGGACAAGAACGAUUCAGGUCUGUGACAAGAAGCUACUACAGAGGGGCGGCCGGGGCCCUCCUUGUCUAUGACAUCACCAGAUGCCAGAAUGCUGGCCAGCCAGAGCAUCGUCAUCAUCCUCUGCGGGAACAAGAAGGACCUGGACACCGACCGGGAAGUCACCUUCCUUGAAGCCUCCAGGUUCGCGCAAGAGAACGAGCUGAUGUUCUUGGAGACAAGUGCACUGACAGGGGAGAAUGUAGAAGAGGCCUUUGUGCAGUGUGCAAGAAAAAUACUUAACAAAAUCGAAUCAGGUGAAUUGGACCCGGAAAGAAUGGGCUCAGGCAUCCAGUAUGGAGACGCUGCCCUGAGACAGCUGCGGUCCCCGAGGCGCACACAAGCCCCAAGUGCACAGGAAUGUGGGUGCUAGGAACAGGUGUCUACAGUGGAAUAUGGACACCAGGGCUGGAACUCAAAGAAUUUGAAGUUUUUUUUUGUUUUUUUUUUUUUUUUUGUUUUUUACCACCAUCUCUUUUCUACUCUAUGCAGAAGUAGAUCUUUAUGGGGAAAAGGCAGUGUGGGGUGUUAUGCAAGCUGGUGUAGACAUACCCAGCAGCCACAUAAUGAACCUGACCCCAAUGGACAAUACCAUCAGAUGUACACACAUAUGUAAAAACCUCUCGUUCCACACUUUCCCUCUCACCUUCAGCUUGAGCCAUGACCUUGUACUGUGUAUACCCCAGUACUGUCCCACUGCAUGUAUCCGUGUAUGAUAUGACAGAAUGUUGCAAUGCAGUUUAAUAUUUUUUUUAAUCAUAGGAACUGAGAAUCAUUAAUAUGAGGUGUGCUUGCUCAUCAUAUUGGUUAUAUUUAUGACCUGAUAUUCAAAGACUCUGGCAUUAAUAGCCAGUGUGUUACUUAUUUAAUUCUGCUUUCCACAUUCUGCACUGUGUUUAUGUGAUCCACACUUGAAUUACCAAUGAUCAUUCACUAACAUCCUGAAAUAAAGUGAAAGGCGGAGUUUGCCAUGAACUGUA